CCCUCCAGCAUCGCUCAAUGGCGUCCACAACACAGCGCGUUUCGAUUCCCUGUCUAACAGGCUAAAGAAAGGCCUUUAGUUGUUGAAGGAGAUGCUUUAAAUAGUUUAUUAAAGCUCUGAAUAUGGCAAACAAUGUGUGGGAACAACCUCAUGUAAUACGCCGUUGUGUUGACGCAUAAUUUGCAGGGUCGCGAGAAAAGAUAAGGAGGACCUUGAGGAUUCUGGUCGGAUAAAUGCGCAAAGCGGAUAAAAUCGUGUUUAUUCCUCCUCGGUAACCGUACGGGAUUAGAGGAUGGCCGGAAUCGGAAACGGUUCAACAUCUGGGAUGGGUGACAUCAUCCAGCUAAAUGUCGGAGGAACGAGGUUCAGCACAUCACGACAGACUCUAAUAUGGAUUCCUGAUUCUUUCUUCUCAAGUUUACUUAGUGGGAGAAUAUCAACACUACGGGAUGAAACUGGAGCCAUAUUUAUUGACAGAGACCCAACAGCAUUUGCACCAAUUUUAAACUUCCUUCGGACUAAAGAACUGGACUUAAGGGGGGUGAACAUUAGCAUCCUGAGACAUGAAGCUGAGUUCUACGGCAUUACACCCUUAGUGCGACGUUUACAUCUGUGUGAGGAACUGGAGAGAUCGUCGUGUGGGAGUGUGCUAUUUCAUGGCUACCUCCCUCUACCAGCUCUGCCGGCCCGAAGCAAUGCUGGUGGGCAGACGGCAGCUGCUGCAGGCCAAGACGAGCGCUCUGGUCCCAGCGGGGCAGAGGGGGGCUUUCCCCAUUCCUGCCCACAGUCUUCUCUCCCCGGGCCCUCUGAGGCAGAAGGACCUCAAAGACUGGGCUCUCCGGUCGACCCCAGGAAGGUGCUGAUCAUCGCUGGCCAUCAUAACUGGAUUGUAGCCGCCUAUGCACAUUUUGUCAUUUGUUACAGGAUCAAGGAAUCUACUGGAUGGCAGCAGGUGUUCUCGAGCCCUUACCUGGACAGGGCUAUCGAGCGGGUGGCCCUCAAUGCUAAAGUCGUAGGCGGUCCACAUGGAGAUAAAGACAAGAUGGUGGCAGCAUCUUCGGAGAGCAGAAUCAUACUCUGGAGUAUCCAGGAUGGAGGAAGUGGUAGUGAAAUAGGUGUGUUCAAUCUUGGAGUGCCUGUUGACUCUCUGUUUUUUAUUGGGAGUCAGCUGGUUGCCACCAGCCACACAGGGAAGGUAGGGGUGUGGAACGCCGUCACCCAACACUGGCAGGUGCAGGAUGUAGUGCCAAUAACAAGCUGUGACACUGCCGGAUCCUUCCUCCUGCUCGGUUGUAACAAUGGCUCAAUUUACUAUAUUGACAUGCAGAAGUUUCCUCUGAGAAUGAAGGACAACGACUUACUGGUGACAGAACUCUACCACGACCCAUCCAAUGAUGCAAUUACAGCCCUCAGUGUCUACCUGACUCCUAAAACCAGUGUGAGUGGGAACUGGAUCGAGAUCGCUUAUGGAACCAGCUCUGGGGCCGUGCGGGUCAUUGUGCAACAUCCCGAGACUGUUGGAUCUGGACCACAGCUCUUCCAAACCUUCACCGUCCACCGCAGCCCCGUCACAAAGAUCAUGCUUUCAGAGAAACACUUAGUUUCAGUGUGCGCUGACAAUAACCACGUACGCACGUGGACGGUGACACGGUUCAGAGGCAUGAUCUCAACUCAGCCGGGAUCUACUCCGCUGGCUUCCUUUAAGAUCAUCUCGCUGGAGGAGACGGAGAGCCACAGCAGCUAUUCGUCCGGCAAUGAUAUAGGUCCAUUUGGAGAGCGAGACGACCAACAGGUGUUUAUUCAGAAAGUCAUUCCUAUUACCAACAAAUUGUUUGUUCGGCUUUCUUCGACUGGAAAAAGGAUCUGUGAGGUGCAGGCGGUCGACGGAACCACCAUCACGUGUUUCACGGUGCGAGAGUGUGAGGGCUCUAGCCGCAUGGGCUCCAGACCGCGCCGUUUCCUCUUCACUGGCCAGGCAAACGGGAGCAUUCAGAUGUGGGACCUAACCACUGCCAUGGACACGGUCAACAAGAACGACGACAAACCCAAAGAACCAGAAGUAGGCGGCCCGACAGAGGAAGAAUUGCUGAAGCUCCUCGACCAAUGUGAUCUGAGCACAUCCCGUUGUGCCACGCCCAACAUCAGCCCCGCUCCCUCCGUGCUACAGCAUAGCCGGUUACAGGAGUCCUGCUCCAGUCUCCAGCUGCAGGCUCAUGACCCCAUUCCUGAAACAGCCACCUACGGAGCCCUACGGCCAUACAGGGAGAGCCCCUUACUGGCUCGUGCUCGACGCACCGAGAGCUUCCACAGCUACAGAGACUUCCACAGCUUAAACCUGACCAAGGCCAUGCUUGAAAGCACCGGACACUCUGGAUCCAAAGAGGACGACGUGCGUCAUACUGCAGGAGAGAACAGCUGUGAAGAUGGGGACAACAGGAACUCAACGUUGGAGCUGUGGGGUUGUCGAGUGUCCGAAACGCAGUCCGCAGCUGCAGGCCAACCUCCGGACAGCCCCGGAGACCUGAGGCGAAGGGCUCAUCUGAUGGAGGAGGGGGCUGCGGACUGUAGAUCGGAGGGGGUUAGGAGGAGGGGGACGUUUGAAACAAAUUUUCUGAGCAGGAGAAAGGCACCUCCGGUUCCACAGCUGAGCCCUCCACCUUCGGGGGGCGAUGGAGGGGGCAGCGACUCAUCUAGCACCGCCUCGCCCUCUCCGACUACAGUGUCCACAUCUCCACGUCAUCGCAAGGGUUCUGAAACUGCAUGUGAGUGAUGGUUUAACAUGUUUAGGGGUUAGAGGUCAUACCAAAAAAUAAUAUUUUACGUCGAUUGGAUGAUUUUUGGGAAGAGUUUCAGGUGUAAGUGAAUGCGUUUGUUGAUUCAUUUGGAGGAAGAGCAGCUGGCAGCUAACAAACAAAAGGGAAAUAUGAGAUGCAACAGUUUAAUAGCAGUUUUUUAUUAGUAAGCAUGUAACUAGUCAUAAUGAAUCAUUUACUCUUGGCUGUUUAGACUUCAGCUGUGCGUGUCUGCACCUUUAAUGCAAAAUUUAAGAGCCAUGUGUUUGUUUUGCCUAAUACUGCCUUGCUAUUUGCUUAUAUGUUAUUUUUAAUAAGUGGCUGUAGAUUUCCUUGUUGCUACUUUCAGCGGUACAUUUCAAAACACUGUGAUGCACUUUAUUGUCAAUCUUUACUUGUAUCCGUUUAUCUUGAAUAGAAGGACAAUUGAACAACUGAGGUUCAACUAAUUAUCAAAGUUUAAACGCUGUAGAAACUACGAUGCAUUUCUUUCUGCAUUGAUCCUCCGGAUAUCUGUGUGUAUUACAGUUUAUUCAGUGCCUUUUGCUCAUUUAGAUACAGCCAUUCUUGUGAGAAAUCAAAAUGUACUUUGCUUUUUCGUUUUACCCUUUCUCAUAGACUUGAGGGUUGACAGUUGACCUUUAUCACAUAUCGCAACUGAAGCAGAACUGGUUAAAAAUGUAGUUUUACAUAUUAAGCAGGGCUUUCAGCCAACAGGUUCAAAUUCAUACCUAAAUAUCAGCAUCAUGUAUUAUUUGGAUUUUUUUAAGAAUACGACUGAGUUAAUUGUAUCCGUGAUUUUUCUUAUCUUUAACACAACUACAAGGUGAAUUGUGUUAUUUCUAAUCCACUAGCAGUGCCCAACAAACACACCACAACCUCAUCUGCCAUCGUUGUGAAGUGAAUAGCUGCCACUUUCGAAGAUAAACUAACACUUAAAACGGAUCAUGCAUCCUGUUUUGUCAUCACUAUUCAUUUAUUUAUCAUUUGCACUUCUGUUGUUAAGAAUACCUGGUAAAAAAUUAUUUAUAUUUGACAUGAAGGACACUAAUUUUGCAUUGACUCACAAGCAGGUUGAUUUUGUUUUUCAACCAAUUACACUUUGUAUGCACAAUUUAUUCCUUUAGAGAGAAAUGUAUAGUAUAUAUAACAUUAAUGAUGCGUAUCCAAUGUUAAUGUAUCUAAAUGAAGGACAACUAUUUGAAGGAAACUAUAUGAUCUCAUUAUUUCUAUGCAAGUGUAACCGUUUACACAGAGAGUGUUGACAGCAGACUACGCCGCCCGAAAACAAAAUAAUCAAAUAAAUAGCUGUUUUAACAAACACAAAGGAUGAUGUAUUUCUCCUAAAUAAUUUGCAUGUGACACAAAUGACGUAUUUGAUUGGAUCGAUAGCAAUGUUUUUUGUUACUACAAAUGCUUUAAAAUGUGAACAUUUGGUGAACAAAAUUGAACUGCUUAGUUUGUCACCUUUAAACUUAACCCCUCAAAAUACUGUGUAGUACUGUAUAUUAACAAACUUAGCAAACAAUCGUGUUUAAUCAAAUUAACUCAUUAAAAAGCUUUCUGUGAUGUUUCAACAGAAGGGAUUUUUUCAUUGACAAGAGUAUUGCUUGCUUUCAUGAAUACUGUCUCGACCUGAUUUCUGUGCAUUUUCUGUGCAUUUCAGCCUUGACAAUGAAAUACAGGUAAUGGAAUGAAAGUACGGUUUGUGGUAUGAAAAUAAUGCUUAUGUGAAAGUGUAGAUUAUAUUGAAACCUUUAAAGAUACAUGCGCUACAGUACUCAACUUCUGUCAUCUGCAUGUGACACAAUAAAA